AUGGGAGUUCCGAUGGUGAAGAGCUGUUGUUACUGUGUCAGUUUGCACACUGGUACAUUGGUUAUUGCGUAUUUGUACACAAUGUGGGCACUCGUGGAACUGACAGCGUACUGUUUGCUGGUGACACUGGCACCGAUGGGUCGCGGUGGUUCCAUCUCUAUGCACAAAUACGUUUUGUAUAUCACAGCGGCAGUUGUCAGCGGCAUUCACCUGCUGAGUUCCUUACUUCUCAUUGUAGCUGCGUAUAAAAAACUGGCAUCACUCACGCUGCCCUGGACGAUCGUCACAGGCAUAUUGACUGCGAUUAUCUUCGUGAUGAGCCUUACUGGCAUCAGCCUUAUCCUGCAAGACUACGGAGAGACGCUGGAGAUGGAGGCAAUUAUCAUUGUCGUUCAUCUUACUAGGGCCUGUGUAUCAGUAUACUGCAUAGUUAUCGUCCAUAGUCGGCAUAAACAAAUAAUGUAUGAAGACGACGAAAGCAGAUUUCAGCAUUCAGGCCGGAUCUAUAAGGCAGUGAAUACAUCGGAGCCCAAAGUGUGA